AUGGCAACGCUGCACGACGACAAGAAGGCCCGUCUCGACGACGACGCCGCCGACCAGCUCAUCACGUCCGACAACCCAGAGCAUCCCGCCAACCUCAUCCCCUCGCUGUGCGCCAAGUUCUGGACCCUGGGAUGGGUGACGGGCACGGGAGGAGGAUGCUCAAUCCGCGAUGAAGACCUCGUCUACAUCGCGCCCUCGGGCGUCCAGAAGGAACUCAUGAAAAACACAGACAUAUACGUGCUCUCCCUCUCCGCCCAGGAGCCGACCCUCAAACAGCGCAGCUACCUCCGUUCGCCGCCGUGCUACAAGCCGUCGCAGUGCACGCCCCUCUUCCUGGCCGCCUUCACGCGUCGCAACGCCGGCUGUUGCAUCCAUACGCACUCGCAGUGGGCUGUCCUCGUCACUCUGCUCCUCGAGGCCCAGGGCCCUGGCCUUGACAAGGUCUUUGAGAUCAACAACAUCGAGCAGAUCAAGGGCUUUGCCAGGGGCACCACCAAGCAGGGCAACCUGGGCUACCAUGACACACUGAGGAUUCCUGUCAUCGAGAACACCCCGCAUGAGGAGGAUCUGACCGAGUACCUGGAGGAGGCUAUGGACAGGUAUCCGGAUACGUAUGCCGUGCUCGUCAGGAGGCAUGGGGUUUAUGUAUGGGGGGAUAAUGUGCACAAGGCAAAAACUAUGUGUGAGAGUCUGGAUUAUUUGUUCCAGUUGGCGGUGGAGAUGAAGAAGCUGGGUAUCCCGUGGAUCAGUGAUAUUGCUCGUGUUGCGCCUGAUCGGCCCUGA